AUGGCGACGACCACGAGAUCGAACAUGGCAUACAGGAACAAGUCAACACACAAUGUUCAUGUGAACACAAACGAGAAUCCUACACAACACGAACAAAACAACAAAGACCUUUCUCAUGAACACAGCCGACCUUUUGGGGAUGAGAAGCACGAUUUUGACCUUGUGUUGGUGCUUGAUUCCCUGAUAAGAUGUCCGCUAGAGGGCGGCGAUGUUGAUCUUAGCGAAUAUCUUGUCGCCUACAGAGAACUUUGCAGAUUCUUCAAACUGACUGGUCGUUUGUUUGGGUUUGUCGCUAAAGACCUUGAAGGCAAACUAGCUAUCAUCGAACAGAAAAUGGACGACAAGCUGCUCUCCACACAUUGCACCACAGUGAAAACCAUGGUCUGCUACGAACAGGAGCAUUCAAUCACUUUCAAAAAAGGAUAUAAACCGUCCGGGUCAAGGACGUUGCUUCGACUACAUUGGGCGCUUGAAUUCAUACUUGAGUUCAUGAAGAAGUUGAGUACAAGUUCUGAUCACGACAAAACGUCUCUUAUUGCGUCGGAAGUCUACCACAAAACGCUUUCUCACCAUCAUCCAUGGAUAACACGGAAAAUGGCUGCACUUGCAAUGUACUUGUUGCCUACGCGGAAGGAUCUGAUUGGGGCCAUGUGUAAACAGGACUAUGAUCAAGUGAUUGAACUUUUGGACGAAGUAGUCCAGGCAGGAAAACUGGUUUACGAUUCCAUUCAAGACAUCUUUGCUUACAAUAAUAUAUUAAAUAUUCCAUGAGAUUGCAAAUAAAAUCCAGUACUUAUACCGAAAUCGCAGUAUUAAGUUAUGCCAUUAGCUUAGACUUUGUUCUUGUGUAAUAUAGAUUAUUACUAAUGAUUAUAUGAAUUUCAUGUGUUUUAUAUAUCUAAUUUCCUUUGCAUGUGUUUGGUGAUAUUUUAUCAUAUUUUCAAAUCCAAACUCGAUGCAUUUAAACACGCCAGUAUUUCAAAGUUUAAUAGCUGUGUUGUAUAUAUAAUUUUGUGCUGUUUUUUUACACAAAUUACACUCAUUUUUCUA